UGCGUCUCUCAAUCCAAUCGAAUCGAGCAAUCCACCGCGAAGAAAAGGCCCGUCUUCCUCGCCAUUAGGCUCUUCUCCUUCUCCUCUCCGAAACCCUCGAGAUCUCGGCAAUGGUGGGUGCCCUAGCGGGCCUUCAGGACCACCUCAAGCUUGCCCGUGAGUACGCGCUUGAGGGCCUCUAUGACACCUCCAUCAUCUUCUUCGACGGUGCCAUCGCCCAGAUCAACAAGCAUCUGAGUACCCUGGACGAUGCCGCCAUCCGGAGCAAAUGGAUGAACUGCAAGAAGGCCAUCUCUGAAGAGGUCGACAUUGUCAAGCAAUUGGACGCUGAAUUGAGGGCUUUCAAGGAGCUCCCCGGCAGUAGAAGAUCGUCUUCCCCACCGAUCCCUGCCAAAUCCUUUGUUUUCCAGCCGUUGGAUGAGUAUCCGACCUCUUCAGGUGCGCCAUUGGACGAUCCCGAUGUUUGGAGGCCGCCGAGUCGCGAUUCUGGGAGCCGGAGGUCCACGAGAGCUGGACCGCCGGGGAUGAGGAAAUCAUCUCAAGACGCGACGUGGGCACGAGGGGCGUCUAGGGCCGGCACAGGCACCGGCACCGGCACCCCUUCUCGCACAGGCAAGUCUGGUACUACUAGAGGCGGCCGGACGCCUUCCUCGUCUGGCGUGGGAGCAAAGAAAGGGAAACCUACUGGCAAGGCGGAUUCGCAGAGUAGUGAUGCAGAAGAAGGGAAGUCGAAGAAGGGGCAGUACGAAGGACCUGAUGCGGACUUGGCGGCGAUGCUGGAGAGGGAUGUCCUGGAGACAAGCCCUGGGGUCAGGUGGGAUGAUGUUGCUGGUCUAAGUGAAGCCAAAAGACUCCUGGAGGAAGCUGUUGUUCUUCCUCUCUGGAUGCCCGAGUAUUUUCAGGGAAUUCGACGGCCUUGGAAAGGUGUUCUUAUGUUUGGGCCCCCUGGUACUGGGAAGACACUUUUGGCUAAGGCUGUAGCUACAGAAUGUGGGACGACAUUCUUCAAUGUUUCAUCAGCUACAUUGGCUUCAAAAUGGCGUGGGGAGAGUGAACGGAUGGUUCGCUGUCUGUUUGAUCUUGCUAGAGCUUAUGCACCAAGUACUAUUUUCAUUGAUGAGAUUGAUUCUCUUUGCAAUGCGCGUGGAGCUUCAGGAGAGCAUGAAUCAUCUAGAAGGGUGAAGUCUGAACUUUUAGUUCAGGUAGAUGGUGUGAACAAUAGCUCUACUGGUGAAGAUGGUGGAAGGAAAAUCGUUAUGGUCUUGGCAGCCACUAACUUUCCAUGGGAUAUAGAUGAAGCCCUUAGGAGACGGCUCGAGAAACGAAUAUAUAUACCUCUUCCCAAUUUUGAGAGCCGCAAGGAGCUUAUCAAGAUCAAUCUUAGAACUGUUGAGGUGGCUGCAGAUGUAAAUAUUGAUGAAGUGGCCCGGCGGACAGAGGGUUAUAGUGGUGAUGAUCUCACAAAUGUCUGCAGGGAUGCUUCCUUGAAUGGAAUGCGGCGUAAAAUUGCCGGCAAAACUCGAGAUGAGAUUAGAAACAUGCCAAAGGACGAGAUAUCAAAAGAUCCUGUAGCCAUGUGUGAUUUUGAAGAAGCUCUUACCAAGGUCCAGAGGAGUGUUUCUGCUGCUGAUAUUGAACGCCAUGAAAAAUGGUUUUCAGAGUUUGGCUCAGCAUAAAAGUUUCGAGAUAUGUUCAGUGGAAGGAUUUUCUUACUUGUAUUCUGGUUUCUUACAUGGUUUCUUUAUUCGGCUGUCAGUACUAAAUCAUCUACUGAUGUCCCUCUGUUGUAGUAUUUGGAAGAGGAUUGGCAUUUGUUACCACAUAUCGUUGGUUGAUGUAUUGAGGUCAUACAUCCAGUCACCCAAACUGGUGGCUAAUGUUCUCUAAAACUUUGUGUUGUAAUGUGAGAUAAAAUAGGGUGUUCAUUUUCUUUACUGAACAAACAUCCUAUAUUGUAUCAGUGUUGACCGCUGCCUUCUAAAAAGUUUUCUCUAUGUUCUAAUGAUUUAA